ACAAAGUUUUUUUUUUAAAUAUGGACUCAGACGAAGUUUUUUCCUUUAGUUCUUUAACCUAUUUAUACCUAAAACAAAAACGGACUAAAARGGAACAUUGGGUUCAUCCAAUAAAUUGUGAACGAUAUACAAAUGGGCAUUACGUGAAGUUGUACUAUAAACUUCGAGAAGAUUCGUCAACAUUUUUUAACUACUUCCGAAUGUCUGUAAGAUCAUUCGAUGAACUUUUACUGUGCAUAAAAAAUGAUAUUCAGCUACAAAAUACCAAUAUGCGAUUAGCUAUACAGCCCGAAGAAAUGUUGGUGAUAACUUUGAGUGRUAUGUGGGUUAUUUUGAAGAAGAAAACACCUAUUCUGUCAUUCCUAAUAAUUGGAUUAGUCGUCAAGAMAAAAAAGUAUAUUGUAAAUGGCCUAGGAAGCAAAAAGUUACACCAGCCUUGCUAAAUAAUGCCAUAGAACCCUCAAGUAACUGGUCUUUGUAUCCAGUACAUUUAGUUGACAGCUUAUGUUUUGAUAACUAUGAUAAAGCUGCUAAAAGAGAAAGAGAGAUAUUCCUGUCAGCUUCUGAAUCAGAUCGAAAUUGUAAAAAAAGCUAAGCCUAAUGAUUUUACUUCUAGAAAAAAACUUUUUGGAAAUUUUGAUAAUACCAAUCAUAGUGUCACAAAUCAUKAUAAAUAUUCUAAAACAAUAUUGGAAAAGUCAUGUGAAGAAAAAACUUUAGCUUCUACCUCAACAUGCAGCAAUCAAGAAAAUAUAUUGUACAAUAUUGAUCAAAGUUCAAACACAUCACCGGAACCUCCUGGACAAAUGUCUAGCAACACUUAUAUGUUAUCUGCAAUGAACACAUUACUAAACAUACCAAAUGAUCAACAUUUAAACGAUUAUGAGUCUGUAUCUCCUAUGUGUUCUGAAAACACAAACAUAAUACAGAGUUCACAGUUUUCAACACCGCGUCCAAUAUUAUCUGCCUCAGCUAUUCUCAAUAAUAAUUCUAACAAUUUUGCUAUAAAUUGUGGUUAGUAUUGUAGGUAGUUAUGUUUUAACUUUAAGAUUUUUUUGUAAAUAAUAAGUCACAUUUAAAAGGUGACAGUUUAAAACCACUUAACUA